AUGGCCGAGUCCGAGUCCACUCCGGCAGCAGCUGCGCCGCAGGCAUCGGCUUCUUCACCGGCUGGUUCCCCACCUCCGACCACCGCUCCUGCCGCUGCCGCUUCCACUCCGGCAUCCCCGAGCGCUGCUGAGCAGCCGGCCGCCGUUGCCCAAAUUGCAGUCGACUCCAACCCCAUCUACCAUCCCCAAACACUGGAGGACGAUGACGACAAUGACUCUUCGCUUGGUGAUGAGAAUGCUCUUUCUACUGCCUCCAUCAGCUCCAGCAUCCUGCAGUACCGCAAGCUUCACGGCAGGACCUACCACAACUUUGGUGGUGCCGACAAGGUAGAGUACUGGGCCCCCAAUGACGACGCCCAGAAUGACCAGCUAGACAUCAACCACCACCUCCUCAACCUGGCCCUGGACAACAAGCUCUUCUUCGCCCCCCUGUCCAAGCCCACCCGCGUGCUCGACGUCGGCACCGGCACGGGCAUGUGGGCCAUCGACUUUGCCGAUGAGUUCCCCGACUGCGAGGUCACGGGCAUCGAUCUGUCUCCCAUCCAGCCGACCUGGGUGCCGCCCAACUGCAAGUUCGAGCUGGACGACGCCUCCCAGCCCUGGACUUUCCCAGACAACCACUUUGACUACAUACACUUCCGGUACAUGAUUGGGUGCUUCAAGGACUGGCCGGCCGUGUACCGGGAGGCGUACCGGUGUCUGAAGCCGGGCGGCUGGAUCGAGCACUUGGACUGCACGGCGGAUGUGCUGUCGGAUGACGGGUCGCUGCCCAAGGACACGGUGUUUGUGGAGUGGAAGAAGGUGUUCAAGGAGGCGGGGGACAAGAUGGGCCAGACGUUUGAGGUGGUGGACAAUGACAACUAUGUUGGGUGGCUGAAGGAGGCUGGGUUUAAGGAUGUGAAGAAUACGAUUAUCAAGACGCCGGUGGGGUCGUGGCCGGCGGAUCCAAAGUGGAAGGAGGUUGGGCAGUUCAACCAGUAUAUGCUCGACGGCGGGAUUGAGGGGCUGGGGUUGUAUAUCAUCACGAACGUGCUGGGGUGGAAGUAUGAGGAGAUGCAGGUGUUUAUUGCCAAGGUGAGGGCUGGGUUGAGGAACAAGAACUGGCAUAGCUACUGCGUUUGGGGUGCUGCUUGGGGCCAGAAGCCCUACGACGAGUGAAGGAUAUGCUUGAAGGGGGGUGUGUAAUGCUGGCGAUGAGGACGCGAGUUUAGAUCAUUACGUGCCAUUUAUUAGAAUGCCAACUUUGUUCGCGCCCACGAAUCAAGAGUUCCAUUCCCCGAACGCC